GGGGGGUUGAAGUUACGACACCGCCUUGCAUCGAUGACGCCUGCCAUCGUGAGACACUUGGACAGCCUUCAGCCGAUAACCCAUAUACCGAGCAACAAAUGGUGCGUCUGAGCCGGAGAUGUGAUCCUGCAGCCGGGAAGAAGAUGCUCCCGCCGUCAGAGUGACACCCAGCGAGCGCAGACCCUGCAGCCGGAGGUGUCAUCUGUUGAUCGGAUCGGAGUAAUUAUCAUGAGCCGCCGCGGUUCGACUUCCAGGUGAAGUUUGAGGAGACUGAAAUGAUUCCCAAAUCCGGAAAAUCUCCAGCAGACUCACGGAAAAGUGUCGGCAUCCAUGAGUUUGCGGCGCUUGCCAGAUCCUCCCUGAACGGAAUUUCUCAAGCCGUUAGGGACCAUGUGACGAAGCCCACCUCGCUGGCUCAGGGCCGGGUCGCCCAUCUCAUCGAGUGGAAGGGUUGGCCCAAACCGGCAGGUCCUCCGGCGGGCGCCCAGUCCCAGCUGAGCUCCUACAGCCACCUGACAGAAGGAGAGAAAGAGGCUCGAUUUGCAGCAGGCGUGGCUGAGCAGUUCGCCAUCGCCGAGGCGAAGCUGCGAGCCUGGGCCUCUCUGGAUGAUGAAGACGAGGAGGACUCCAAUGAUGAAGACUGUCACUCUAACAGACAGACCUGCAGCGUGUCGAGUCAGAGCUUAGACCCCGCCGAGUCCAGUCCUAUCAGCGGGCUCACAUAUCAGCCUAAGACUCAAGAUGAUGAGGCACCAACCUUCGACUGUCCUCUGGGCUCCAGCACCAGCAGACCUCCGACUCUCAAUGACCUGCAUUCAUCCGACACCGCCUCGCCCACCUUACCCAGCUCCUUUCUGGAGGAGGAGGAAGAAAGGCUGGAGGGUUUUGAGGAGCAGCUCGCUCCUCUGCACGUACAGCGCAACGAGAUCUGCAUCCAUAGCAAGCCGGAGUGGAGGCCCCGAGCCAGGAGCAGCAGGUUCGACUCCUGCUACUCCACCUCUCACUCCGAGUCUCCGGGAGAGGAUGAGGAGGAGGACGAAGAGGAGGAGGGCAGUGUGUUUCAGGAGUUUCGCGUUUGGCAUUGCAGCCCGAGAGGAUUCUUCUCCGACAGGGCGUCUUCAGGAGUGGCGUCGUUCGAGGAGGAAGAGGAGAUAGAUCAGGAAAAGAAGGAAGAGAAAUAAAAUUUGAAGUGUUCCUCUGUGCGUCUGAUAUGACUUCAUGUGUUCUCCCCGGCAGUGUGAACUCGUUUUCUUUCUCCUUCAUUAUGCCGCCUCCUCUCGCGGCUUUCUCCUCCUCAUCCAUCAACCUUCCAUUGUUUAUUGCAGCUGUAAACAGUAUACAUGUUGGAAGUUCAACCAGAAUGUAAAGCUGUUGUUCAAACUGAGUUUUGUACAUUCUUGUGAACAGUCAUGUGCUGCUAUUGCAUUCAUUUUUUAUGAAUAUGUUGUAGUGUAGUUUCUUUCUUUGCAGGUCAUGGUGUGUUGUGUUGGUUUUAUAAGGAAAGCCUGAGUGUCCUGCCUAUAUAAAUAUGAUUUUUAGAAAACAAAA